AUGUACCUGAAGGACACCCGAGAUGACCUUUUGAAGCUAUCAGAUCCUUCUGCUGUUGCUUUAGCUGCUAGUGGGAGACCUUCGGUCUUCACGUGUUAUGAUACUGCUAAACCUUCGAUUAUCGAAUAUCCUACUGCCAUAAAUCCUACAGUCACAAGAUACCUUGCUGCUACUGCAAAACCUGAGAUCAGAUAUCCUGCUACUGCAAAACCUGUCGUCAGACAUCCUGCUACUGCAAAACCCAUCACUAGACGUCCUCUGGACACUGAAAGAACUUUGCCUCAUUCUCCUGGAAAGACUUCAGUGUUUUGGAAAUCCAACUUGGUACCGUCGUGGGUGUUGGGACGAGUGUCCGGCUACAAGCUUGAAGACCUCGUGCGGCAACACGAUGCUGUGAUAGCCAGAGCACGACAUAGACCUGCAGACUACAUUGCGUCCAACAUGAAAAGGUUGAGGAACAUAGACUUCGAUGGCUGGCUGGGAGUGUCUGUUGUGAACGGUGUUGAUGUUGGCCGGAUACAACGCCAUGGUCUUCUCCUGAGUGUCAAGACCCUCCCAAACACGCUCACUUUCUCGUCCACCGUCACAGCAGCUGGGGAAGUGAAAACUGGCUUCAUUAACAACUUACCUGCUGCCUCCUACAUCACACUUCAUGGAAACCACCUGCUCUCCCUGCCCUUAAUUUUCAUGAACGAUAUGAUAGUUAAGGGCGACGUGAGGAUACAGUCAACAGUCAACAAUAUUGACCUGGUUGCCUUUAACAAGAGUGUAUUGAAGACUGCUCGCUCAGGUGACCAGGUGUUGAUCUCGCCUGUCAUUUUCCAUAACAUAGCUGCCUUGAGCAGUAUUGACUGUGAGACCUGCAGAGUGGCAGGAGUGUCCCUGGGAGACCUAGUGCUUCUGAAUGAGCAGACUGUGAUUACAGGAAGGAAGAGGUUCCAGGUAGUGGUUGGGAGGGGAAAUGGAGUGAACGUGGGAGACCUCGAGGUGGACUUCAUCAACGGUGUUAACAUCACCGCACUCUUCCAUCACUCUCUCAAGAAGAACCCAAGUGAUGUGCAGGUGGUAUCCGGCAGCAUGAUGGUGAGGCAGCUGGUGGCGCUGAGAGACUUCAACUCUGGAGGCUUCACUGUUACAGGCCUCCAGGGUGACUCUGACGUCAUUGACCUCCAUAGCAGAGUGGCUGAUCGGGUGGUGUACAAAGACCAAGAUGCCACUGUACAUGGUUGGGUUUCCUUCGCCGGAUUCUGCUUCGUCUCUAACUUACACUUCAAAGACACGUUUGAUGAGGUGACUGCUGACCAGUACAACUCUGGCUGGCUGCUGAAAAAUACUGACCAGGACUUCACAGGUUAUGUGACUCUUGCCGGGAUGACCUCGAAUAAGGUUAACACAGCACGAGGGGUCAAGAUUCAAGAGACUGACCUAGAUUACCUCCGGAACUCUGCCGCCCUGGUCACAGAACCUGCUCUAAUAUCCUCCUCUGUUGUGCUAGAUGAAGUAGAGUCCCCGCAUAGGGUGCAGGUUUCUGGUCGCGUACAGGGUUGGGACCUGUCUGAGGAAGCUGUCGUCAACAACACUGACUCCACCGUCGUCUUCGCCUCUCCCAAGAUCUUCCUCGGCCCGGUCACCAUUACUGGCAGCUUCCUUAGCGACGCACGGCAUUAGUGGUGUCGACCUAGAUUCACUCUGUGGCCAAAUGUCUUUAAAAACGCUAAAGAUUAAUGGUACUGUGAGAUUCGUGAAGAACGUGACAGGCGACGUGUUGCAUCUGGGUCAGCACAGCAUCGCAGGUGAAGCAGUGAGCGAUUUCUGGAUGAAGGAUCACAACGUUACUCUUAGGAAGCCGCUGAGGCUGCGGCUGAU